GACUGGCUAGUGGUAUCCAGUAGCUAUAGUCAUAUUUCAGUGUGCUUGUCCUGCUGAUGAAGGUCAAUGUUCAUUUUUCCCUAGACCUAGAGUAAUUUAGUCUUCAUUUGAUCUGCUAUGACUUGAUUGAUUUCAGUCUCCCGUUCAGUAACAUGUUGGAAAAGUUGUCCUUCCAAAUCUCCGCCUGUUAUGUUUUGUGGCACUAACACCAUCACUGAUGAUCCUUCAUAAGAGGUCCGUCCCUUGUCCUCAUCCGAAUCUUUCUCCAGUCCCACAGACAAGUUUGGAAGCCUUUAGGGAAUAAUUAUAUUUAGAGGUGCAAUGAAAGGUUAAGAUGAAAAGCUAGAUGGUGUCGUACCAGGCCAAGACAGCAGCACAGUACCCCAUGGCAGGGACUGAGGUAAAGGAGGUGAUCCCUACUCUGGAGGAUGUUACCUGUCCCAUCUGCCUUUCACUACUGCUGGAGCCUGUCACACUCCCAUGCCACCACUCCCUAUGCCUCUCUUGCUUUCAAGAACAUGUGAAUGUUACAUCCCUCUUCUGUCCACUGUGUCGCACCAGAAUAAGUGUUUGGGUGAGGAAGAAUACCAAGACUAACACACUGGUGAAUGCCAAGCUAUGGACUGCCAUCCAGAAACAUUUCUCAGCUCAGCUUGAGGCUCGACAAGCUGGCAAGGACAUCUUAGGAUCUUGGCAGAGAACCUAUGAACAUCUUGAUUCACCCACUUCAGGUUCUACCCAAGAGGUGCAACAGAAAGUCUGUGAGCCUGGUGAAAUUCGGCAGGAGUAUGAGAACUUUCUGGCACAGGAGAGUCAGGAGGCCAUUCAGAGGAAGAACAAGGAGGAGGUUGCAUCCAUAAGAUUGAUUCAGCAGCUUCAGGAGGAGGAAAGAAUACGGCAACAGGAACUUCAGCAGCAACAGCAGAGUGUGGCUCAAGAAGAUUUCUUAUUGGCACUCAAACUGGAGGCGGCAGACAAGGACCUGGCUCACUCUCGGCAGAAGGAACUGCAGGAUCUCUGUGCACGAGAUGAGGACUUUGCACGCCAGAUGGAAGUGGUUGAGGGCAGGUCACCAAGGUUGCCAUCUCAGAACAAGGCUGGCAGUGGGUCUAGAGCAGUAUCAGCUUCACCAAAGGGACCCAUGGACAUGUUCCUAAGCCAGAGGGGAGUGACAAAGGGCCAUCAGUCUCCAGCCUCUGUCCUCAGCUCCUCUGACCCCAACACCAUGGCCUCACAGGAAGCUUCAUCACCUGAUUCAAGGGAGCCAGACAUUAAGCGCCUCUCCAGCUGUAGCUCAGAAUCAGAGAGUGAAGAGUCUCCCUCGAAUCGCCACCUGCCAUCUGCACCAGGCAAAGAGAACCUCAAGCGAUGGUGGCGUGGCAGUCCAGUUCGACAAGGGGAAGGAUCGAAGGGCAGACGGCUGGGAUGCAGCUCUGCUCAAAGGGAACUCCAGUUAAGUCCUGACAUAGACAGUUACUGUAUUAGCACCACCACAACCAGGCAGCAAGACUGUGGCACUUCUGGGACCCAAAAGGAAGAAAAAGGCACUGAGGGAGAGGAGGCAGAAGUUAUAACGAAGGAGGAAGAGACCAGGACUAAUGAUGGUGAUGGCAAUCCUGAAGACUCGCCAGCACAUGCCUCCUUCCUGCUGAAGUGGGAAAAUGAUAAGGAAUCACUGGCUACUCUGUUGUCUGAGCAGCAGCAUGCAGAGGCCCAAUUGCAGCAGGAAUUACAUGAUCGUCUUCUGGCUGAAGCCUUACAAGAGGAACUCAACAGUCAAACUAAGAGGGUAUUACGGACAAAGGGUUCAGAAGAUGAGUAUGCCCUGAGACACAGGAACAAGGCAGCUGAUCUCUCCCAGCAUCAGCCAGGCCCCAGUAGAAGAAACAGUACUAAGAGUGCUAAAAGGCAGGCCACACUGUCUGAGGUCUUUUCUAAGCGUCACAAGAGUACAUGAUUCUUGCGUUUUGUAUUUUUUUUUUUUUUUUUUUUUUCUUUGUGUGUGUGUGUUUGUGUGUGUGUGUUGAUAUGCCAUUACCUCACAGAAUGCAUUUUGCAGCUCAGGCAUUCAUGGUUAGUUCAGUUUUCUGCACUCAAAAUAUUAAAGAUGACAGUGCUGAGCAAAUGUCAUAAGUUGAAUGUAUGACAUACUUCGCAUAAUUAUUGCAGCUCACUUUCUACAAAAUAUUUUUAAUGACUACCAGCUCUAGGAGUUCAAGGUCUUCCUCUGAUUACUUAUUGUACCAUGGAGGUAGUGUUUCCAGCUCUCUGCUGUGUUCUUAACUCCUUCACUGCUAAAGUCAUGAAAGUACUCUGCCUCUGUAUGACUCCCAACUACUUAAAAUGGCAGGGUGCAAUGACCAGGCCAUGACUUCACUUGUACUAGGUUAUUAAAUGGAGUUAAUGAAGAGAUGAACCUUCAAUAAUGCUUUGUAUACCAACAUUUAUAUGAAAACUCUAUCAAAGUUUUACAAUAAGUAUCAGAGAAGUAUAUUGAAAAUAUUUUUUUAUGAAGUAAGGUGAUGGUCUUCAAGAAAGAAAUAUACAUUUUUUAAAGGAAUUUAGAACCCAAUAUUGAGUAACAGCUGGUGGAAAGAUAUGAAAGUCAAACUGAAUGAGAAAAAUAAUGGAAAAAGAUGAGUUUAGACUUCUUGAUUCUUUCCCAAAAAUAACAAUUGAAAGGCAAAAUAUGAGUUAGAGCAUUACAGGUAACAAAAGUGGCAGAAUUUUUGUGGUAUACAUAUGAAAUGUAAGACUGGAAGGCAGGGAUGAAAGAAGUACAGUGAUAACAUAAGAGUGCCAACAUUGACAAUAAUAUAGGUGAGUCAUUCUAGAGAUGCUUGUGGUAUAAAGAGGAUGAAUGGUGAAAGCAAUUAGAGUGUAUAUGGAAGGGUAUGUCAAUAAGUGGUGAGUGAACUGUUGUGCAGUGAUGGAGAUGAUCAAAUGCAGCAUCUUCAGAUAGUCUGGUUAUAUAGAGAGAAUAGGAAGACAGUGAUACAUUGGGAUUAAUUGUUUUAGGUGUGAGAGAAAGGCUUGUUUUGAAAUAGAUGAGAGAGAGAGAGAGAGAGAGAGAGAGAGAGAGAGAGAGAGAUGAUGAGGAGGGAGUAGGCAAAAAUGGAGUGUAUGUAUGGGGAGGACCAAGUGGACAUUGUUGUGAUCACCUCCACUGAAUUCCAAGGAAUAGUGUUCUGUAUAAUCCAGUGCUCAGACUACAAAGGCCCCAGACCUGAUGGCUCUGAUAGCUAAGGUGCUGUUCUUGUUUCUUGCAGUCACAUGCUUAAAUAACUGUGUGUGUGUGUGUGUGUGUGUGUGUGUGUGCGCGCGCGCGCGCGUGCCCAUCCUCAUAGGAUUGUUAGCUUACGGUAUA